GAUUAUUUACCUACUGAGCUCACCCUAUAUACUCCCGCCAUAUACCCUACCUAUCCACAGUCCACACAACAAACCCUUCCCCUCUCCUCCCUACUUUCCCGGGGACUCAUUCUCUAUAUUUAUCCGAUCCUUUGGGACGAUCAUUACUCUACGGGGUUAUCUCCCGCCUCCCCCCAUCGUUGACAUUGUUCCCUGGGGGUUCCCUACAUUACAAUCUGAACCCUGGUGGGAUUGAUUCCCGGAUUCUUCACCCUACUCCGUCCCCUUGCAACAUAACAACAACCUUUCCAUGCCUGGUACCGCUGGGCCAUUCCCGAACGUCUGAUCGUCUCCUGGUUUGCUUGGAGUCUGGUCAUGUCGUGUCGCAAACACGGUCUGCGAUCCUCUGGGCGGCUCCUCCAUCCAGAUUUCGUCUAGCUUUUCGCAUCUCCGUGGAUGGGACCCUUCUCUUCGCCCGGUCGCGUAGAGGAGAAGUCCAUCCGCCAUGGAGUUGACCUCCGCAACCCGCGAUUUCUCCCACAAGAAGACCGUGUCGACUUCGGCCGACCUACCGCCGCCCUCCGCCGAACGCGAUCCCAACCACGCCAAUGCCGACCCCCCGUAUGCGGCGCCGAGUCUGCGACGCGCCCACACCGUGGCGCAGGGGAGGACCAUGGGCGAGAAAACAACCAUCAGCAUCAAGGCGGCGAGAGACAAGAUGGCAACGUCGAUUCUACGUGUCAAGGAUAGUCAUGAACUACUGCGGAAACGCUCCUUUAAGCGGCCGGACAUUUUGAGACACCCGCCGCGUGAUGGGGCUGCUGCGACAGCUGCAGCUCCCGCGACGGCACCGACGAAGGAACGCCAUCACUUUACGGUGGGAAAUGUGGGCCAGAACGGAAAGAUCUUCCUGAGGCCGAUUCAAAACCUGCCCCUCAGGGAGCCGCGACUACCACCUCUGGCUCCGCCACUCGACCAGGACAGUGACGAGUCCCUUCGCCCGCAUGGAAAUGGGACCCUAGGCGCGUCCAAUGAACCGUCGCGAUGGUCAGGCUCCCAGCUCUCGGAGUUACGCCCCGAUUUAAUCCCCGAGGAAAGUUGCGAAGACGCCGACUCAAUCCGCUCCCGCUCGACGCGGACCGGCUAUAACUAUUCACAUCACCGCCUCCGCCGGAGAGCGCAUUCCUUUUCCACCAUCUCCGAACAGAGGUCGAUAUCGCGGGCCGGACAAUCGGGCGAGUUUGGGUUCACCCUUAAUCGAGCGGACGAGCGACCCAAGUCGGCCGAUGGAUCGAUACGCUCACCGCUGGAUGUGCCGGUGGCUAGUGACCGGCUGGACGCGCUGCUACUAAGCGACGACGGCACCGCGUUGCAUGAUUCUAUCUAUUCGCGCCUGUCCGACAGAUAUCGUGUCCCACAUUACCUGAGCGACAACUGGCCCUCGAGUCUAUAUGUCGACGGUGCCGGACGGCCAUCUUUCGCGGCGUCGAUGUUCUCAGGGGGACAAGCAAUAGAGCUCGCUCCAACCCCCGCUGGUCCCGGGAACGGUGUCCAGUACGAAUUGCAGGAACCUGUCGGGCCGUCCGUGUUCGAAGAUCUGGUGUCGGAGAUGGACGCCGAGUCGGUCGUUCGAUAUAUCCCUGGCACCAAGGACAUCGGCGCGGCCACCCCGGCGCGCAUUGUGGCGCAGAUAUCCUCCGAGUCCUUCAUGGACUACGAGCUCGUAUCCGAUUUCUUUCUCACUUUCCGCUCUUACCUCUCCCCGAAGAGCCUUCUUGCCUUGCUGCUUGCUCGACUACAGUGGGCGAUCAGCCGACUCCAGGAUGAUGGCAGGAUCAUCCGCAUCCGCACCUUUGCCGCUCUCCGACAUUGGAUUUUGAAUUACUACGUGGACGAUUUUAUCCCUAGCUACGACCUGCGCACCAUGUUCUGUGAGACGAUCAAUAACAUGUACAGUGAUGUCAAAGCUCGCGAAAAUGGCGGAAUGAGCGAUCUGAAGAUCUUGAUCGACCUGAAGCGCUGCUGGUAUGGGAAGUGCUCCCUGUACUGGGAAUUCCAAGAUCAGCAUAUCACCUUCCAGAGUCCAGACCUUCCAAUUGUUCCCUGCGGCGAGGGCGUUCUUGAGUCAAACCGCGCGGAGGACUAUCCCUCCCUGGCCAGGGCUAAGAGCAGCCACGGGAUCGGUCUCGGUGAGGUGGAACGCUGUUCUAUGACGAAACACGACCGCAAUGGUUCCGCAGCCACCGCAAAAAGCAUGCCGAUCUCUGGGGAGAGUGAUCAGAGUGUUCAAGCCACCUCCUGCUCGGCUCUGCCCCGGCCUCUUCAACGCGUUUCGAUGCCCCAUACCGGGCCCAAGGGACCACAUCCAGUGCCUCUGGCGCCGCUCAAACCGGUAACGCCUGUGCAUGGCUCACCCUCGGUGUCACCGGUUCUCUCCCGGCGCUAUCACUUCCACUGCCACGCCCACAAGCGCAGCGGUAGCUUCUCCGACUCCGUCCGAGACGACAGGGCCCCCUUCGCUUCACUUACACAUGACCACCGUAGUUCCUCCUCUGUGGGAGCACUGGAUCUAGGCGGGCUGAUCCGCGGCGAGCUCUACCCUCCGGCAGAAUCAUACAUGACGAUGAUGGCACCCCCUUCGCCCCCAUUGCCGUCGUCCACCAAUUCUCCAGGUCCAGCUCGCCGGGGUACUUCAGAAUCCAUGCAUAAGCCCACUUCUUCGGGCUCCGGUGUUAAGACCAUCCUUGGGUCUAUCCGCCGUGCCUUGAACAGUCGGCAUGGUGCCAGUCAAAGCCUCUCCGGGCGCUUUGUCAAUGCCCCUCUCAACUACGCAGUACGAGGGAAAACGUCUACUUUGCCGGCCAAUGUUGCGUUUGGGUCGGAUCUAUAUCGCGAUCGAAAGGUCGCAGCUGCUUCCCAGAAACCGGUGCGGAUUGAUGUACUGUGCGAUGAGACGCUGCAUCACUACCGCCGCCUCAUGGGUUGUAAUCAUUCGAAGACGUCUAACCCGCUCCACGCGUCUACUACUUCGCAGCAAGGGUCCGACCUAGAUUUCCAACCACCAAAUCGGCAAAGUACCAGUGCACCAGGCCGCGAAAGGAUAAGGAGCGAUCUUACCGGAGGCAGCGAAUCUAUCGUCAUUGUCGAUGACACCGGAUUUGGGUCAGCUUUGAUGUCUGGUGCAGUAGUGGCGGAGCCGGCUGGUAUGGACGAAAGCCCUGAUACCCAAGGCGCGGAGAAUCCACCGACAACACCAAAGGCACAUUUGGCCUUGCGCGUACCGUCCCACAGGUCGACCUUGACGGGCGACGAGUAUUCAUUGCCGCUCUUCUACGAAGGUUCUGAUUAUGCACGGGCCAGUCAAGCCUCGGGGCUUCUUCAUCCGCUGGAUAUUGCAAAGGCACGGAGGUCCUUAUCGAUGGAAAGAGCAUCGGCAUCAUGGAAGAGGACGUCGCCGUCCCUACGCCUUCGGAAAUAUGCCUCCUUUCAGAGUGGUAUUUUCAGACAUAAGGCCGUUUCGGGCAUCGGGCCAGAGUCCUCGAUUUCGGACCAGGUCUCGCAGAGCCCCCAGGAUCGAGCCGCGGGGCCAAGUCUCCGAAGGCGGCCUGGCGGGGACUUGCGUCAAAUGCGAGACGGGCGUGGCUUGCCCGCUCGCGCGGAAUCAGGGUCAUUCAUAUCCGAUUAUUCUUACCGUAGUUCCUUUGUUGACAGCACGGUUUCUCGACUCCGGGACGCCGCCUCACGACCUCAGACCAGCUUGAUCCCCCCCAAUCCACGGUUUUCCCUGAUUCAGACCAAUUCGUCGCAGGAGAUUCGGCGCUCGUUUGAGGCUGCUAUUGCGCAGUUUGCCCAGAUCCCCGAUGACAUGGACGACGAUGGGGGGAUCGAGUCGACAUUGCUCAAACUUGAAGGCAAAUGGGGAGACACCCAGGAGACUGAUGAUGACGGGCAGCGCCAAUCUACCCGUGAUGAGGUCGCGCGGGAGCUGGAAAUGAUUUAUCGCAGCCAUCCCCACCUUCGGCAGGAUAGUCGCAGAGGAUCUGGCCCUGGCGGUUGGACCCAUUCUGCAUUCCCCGGAGAGAAUCUCAGCUACUCGUCUGCCCGCGGGCGGAUCAUUCCACGUCGACCUUAUUCUGACUCCGUCGCCGACUCGGAGGAUUCAUAUAGUUCGAUACCGCUCCUGGAGCGCGGCCUGAGCGACGAAUCGAUGAAGAGACCCGGGGCCAGCCAGGUCGUUCGUCCCCUUGUGCCUCCUCGGACUCAGCCAAGUGACUCCUUUACCCGGGGUACAUCGGAUGUGGAUUCCUCUCACAAGUCCUAUGAUUUCGUGAAGGAGACCGAGAGCAUGAGGGGAAUACCACGGGGUUCGACUUUACCAGCGCCCGUUGCCCAAAGACCGCGGUACCGGGCAGGCCGUCUCUCCAAUCUUUCGUCUGAGCUUUCGGUCGAUAUGAUCGACCCGCGUGAAGCUCGGGAGCAACGGUUGUCGAUAGAUACCCGGACCCUGAGUGAUUCGUCCCUCGGAAUACCUCCCCACCCCCUCGCACACCCUCCUUCUCCUCCAAUGACCAUUCAGAAUCCUCGGUCUGUGAUCUCUUGCGCAACACCGCUGGACCCCAUCCUCUUCCAAGCUCAGCCCCCGACGCCAGACCCUUCCCCCCACAGGAACGCAGAGCAAGCCAACGGCCGGUCUAUCGACGUUUCUGGGGACAUCUUUUCCCGAUCCGAAAUGGACCGUCCACAUCACGGUCUUUCCCAGGCCCCCGGGCCCAGCCUCGACCACGUCCCCUUUGUCCUGUCGUGCGAAUCACAGACCCUCGCCCAGCAACUUACCCUAGUGGAGGUAGCCGCACUAAGCGAAGUAGACUGGAGAGACCUCGUCGACAUGCGCUGGAGCAGCGGCUCCCCAGCCAUCCUGAACUGGGCCGAGUUCCUCGCGAGCGAAGAACACCGGGGCAUCGACCUGGUAGUCGGGCGCUUCAACCUGAUGGUCAAAUGGGUGGUCUCGGAGAUCAUCCUCACGCAAGACAUCCACGAGCGCGCGUUGACCAUCACCAAGUUCAUCCACACCGCCGUCCACGCUCGCCGACUAUGCAACUACGCCACCGUGCUGCAGAUCGCCAUCGCGCUGUCCUCGACCGACUGCUCCCGCCUAGAGGAAACCUGGGCGCUGGUGCCCCCGGGCGAGAAAUGUCUCCUGAAAGACAUGGAGCUGCUGGUCCAACCGGUGCGCAACUUCCACGACCUCCGCGUUGAAAUGGAGUCUGCCAACGUGCAGGAAGGCUGCAUUCCAUUUGUCGGCCUCUAUGUCCACGAUCUGACGUACAAUGCGCAAAAACCGGCGCAGAUCGAAAACCGCAAGGGGGAACCGCUGGUGAAUUUCGAGCGCCAUCGGACGACGGCUAAGAUCGUUAAGAGUCUUCUUCGAUUGAUUGACGCGAGCACCAAGUACAACUUUGAACCGGUGCAGGGCAUCGUCGAACGUUGUCUUUGGAUCUCCGCGCUGUCGGAAGAACGGAUUCAAAAUCGGAGUAAACAGCUUUGUUGAAACAAGGUAAAAAGCAUCAAAAGAAGGGAAACAAAGGGAAUAAAAGAAAAAAAAA